CAAUUAUUGAAAAUUUGAGUCCAAUACACAUAAUUAAUGCUAAUAAACGUCGUGUAUAUGGCAGAUUUUGGCGCAUUCGUAGCACGUGCGAAAGGUGGGGAUUGUGAAUGAAUGGGAUCAAGCAACUCCACGCGCACUGUCUGAGAACAGGCGUAGACGAAACCAAAGAUCUCUUACAACGAUUGCUUCUGAUACCAAACCUUGUUUAUGCCCGAAAACUCUUCGAUCAUCAUCAAAAUUCUUGUACUUUCCUCUACAACAAGCUCAUUCAAGCUUACUAUGUUCAUCACCAGCCCCAUGAAUCUAUCGUCCUCUAUAAUCUCCUCUCCUUCGAUGGUCUCCGUCCAAGUCACCACACUUUCAAUUUCAUUUUCGCAGCUUCUGCUUCGUUUUCUUCCGCUCGACCUUUACGGUUGCUUCAUUCUCAGUUUUUUAGAUCUGGGUUUGAGUCCGAUUCGUUCUGCUGCACUACCCUAAUCACUGCCUAUGCGAAGCUAGGAGCUUUGUGUUGUGCGCGCAGAGUGUUCGACGAAAUGUCUAAGAGAGAUGUACCCGUGUGGAAUGCAAUGAUCACGGGCUACCAACGACGAGGUGAUAUGAAGGCGGCGAUGGAGUUGUUUGAUUCAAUGCCUCGUAAGAACGUAACCUCGUGGACCACCGUCAUUUCUGGGUUUUCUCAGAACGGGAAUUACUCUGAAGCUUUAAAGAUGUUUUUGUGUAUGGAGAAAGACAAGUCCGUGAAACCAAACCAUAUUACUGUAGUUAGUGUACUCCCCGCUUGUGCGAAUCUGGGGGAAUUGGAGAUUGGCCGAAGAUUAGAAGGCUAUGCUAGAGAGAACGGGUUCUUUGAUAACAUUUACGUGUGUAAUGCCACAAUAGAGAUGUACUCAAAAUGUGGAAUGAUUGAUGUAGCGAAACGCUUAUUCGAGGAACUUGGAAACCAGAGAAAUUUGUGCUCAUGGAACUCCAUGAUUGGUAGUCUAGCUACUCACGGGAAACAUGACGAAGCUCUUACGCUUUUUGCCCAAAUGUUGCGAGAAGGUGAGAAACCCGAUGCAGUGACAUUUGUUGGAUUGUUGCUAGCUUGUGUUCAUGGUGGGAUGGUGGUGAAGGGCCAAGAAUUGUUCAAGUCCAUGGAGGAAGUUCACAAGAUUUCCCCAAAGCUAGAGCAUUAUGGAUGCAUGAUCGAUCUCUUGGGGCGUGUUGGAAAGCUGCAAGAAGCCUAUGAUCUCAUCAAAACAAUGCCAAUGAAACCAGAUGCUGUCGUAUGGGGAACCCUUCUGGGUGCUUGUAGUUUCCACGGAAAUGUUGAGAUAGCAGAGAUAGCAAGUGAGGCACUGUUCAAGCUUGAACCUACAAAUCCAGGUAACUGUGUGAUCAUGUCAAAUAUCUACGCCGCCAAUGAGAAGUGGGAUGGAGUUUUGAGGAUGCGGAAGUUGAUGAAGAAGGAAACGAUGACAAAGGCUGCUGGAUAUAGCUAUUUUGUGGAAGUUGGAGUUGAUGUUCAUAAAUUUACUGUGGAAGAUAAAUCACACCCAAGAUCUUAUGAGAUCUAUCAGGUUCUUGAGGAGAUUUUCAGGAGAAUGAAACUGGAAAAGAGUCGCUUUGAUUCUUUGCUUCAGCCUGAACAACUAUGCAUAUGAAAGUAGAUGUUUUGUUCACUUUGCCAAUAACAAUGACUGAAUCUUUUGAAACUGUAUGUGAUUUUGGUGUCUUUACAUUCCUAUGUUCAAUCAAAUGAACGUUGGUACACAUUGAGUAAGAAGACUAGUUGGAUAUCGAGGUAGAUCGAACACGAAGAGAUGAGACGGAAUAGUUGAAGAAAGCUGACAUGGAUUGAGACGAUAUUAUCACUGGUUUUCACUAUUCCUUUUGAAAUUCCAUGUCAGGUGCAUAUCAUAUGUGUCCUAAAUGUGAUUAAUAGAGGGUGUGCUUGCUAUAAAAUAUCUGUGUAUUUCUUAUGUUAUUCUUUGUAAUCUGCUUCUGUUUUUCUUCAACUACGAAUUUUCUGUCACAGUAUAUAUCAUUAUACAAGAUCCAAAAUGAGUUACAACUUCAAAAUAAGGAAUUGCACGUUGCAGUUGAUAAUUCAAAGAGAUUGUUGAAUGUGAGAACAAGAUAUACAAUGUUGCUUUGUUGUAAGUCUCAUAACAGAGGCUUUAUUGUGUUCACAUACAAACAGGAGUAUUUUUGCUUCUCGAGUCUGGAAACUAAUCAUGUCAUCUUCAUAUCUUAUUCGGACCUCAUACAAAAUCCCCACAAACUAAGUAAUAAAAAAAACUCACUCAAGGAACAAGCUUGAAUAUUCACUAAAUCCUUUACACAUCUUCUUUCUUACACCUAAAAACAAAGUGCACUAUGACAGCAAAGGUGCUUUCGAGUUACCUAUGAGCCGUUGGUGUACGCGGCAUGGUGUACGGCAUUUGACCAAUGUUCAUUGCUGCACCAGGAACCACUGAGCCAGGGACUGGAGCCGCAUGAACUCCAUAAGCCAUGUGAGGUGGAGCUGGGAGGUUCACUGGUGUUCCAACUGCUGGCUGACCUAUGGCGGGUGUUCCAUACAUAGGAGGUCCAGGUGGUGCUUGAGAGACGGCUUGCUUGGCUGAUUUGUUUCCUCCUCCAGCAACAGCAGGAGAACUGUUGUUGUUGUUGUUGUUGUUG